AUGUCAGAAUCAGAUACUUCUAGUAUAACCAAUGCAAGCGAAUCAACGAUUGAGACCUUUGAGUUCGACAAAGUCUUGAAGAGUCUAGAAUCAGCGGCUGAAGAUAUUAAUGAGUCAAAAGAUUAUCUUUCUUAUAGUACAUUGCUAGAUAUUUAUUUGAGUGACCCAUACAAGUAUUCUUACGAAGAAAGAGAGGAGCUCUUGGAGCAUUUACUAACAAUUCUAACUAAGAAUAAGGAAUUGACGUACGAAAUUGGAUGGGAUUUACCUAAUUUAUUAAUUUUAUACGUGGACCUGAACUUUCAAUUCGAUGGUUCCAUUAGGACAGCUCCAAAUGUGUAUAAAAUUUUAAAGAUAUUUGAAUGCUUGGCUUUGAAUGGGAAUCAUAAGGAGUUAUUUUUGAAGUGCUGUGAAUUAUUGAAUGUUAUCAAGGUUACUGACAAUAAUACCACAGAUAAUAUUGAAUUUAAAGAAAAAUUCUUUGAUAUUAAGCUUUAUUGUAUUUUUGAAUUAAUAGAUAGUUGCUUGAAGAAAAUCAAGACCUUCUAUCCUUCUAGGUUCUUGUCUAUGACAAUUUCGUCCUUUCUUAAUUUAACGCUGGCGAAUAUGGGCACCUCAAGUAACAAUCAUUUUAUUCUGAAAAGGGCAUAUGUUUUUGCAAGAAGCUAUUCUUCACCUCCAUUUCCUGAUAAGUUAGAUGAUUUAACAAAGGAAGAGGUGGAAAAGAUCAAAGCAGAUGAAGACUAUUUACAACGAAAAUUGUUAACUGGAUUUUUAACGGAAAUUGUAAGUUUGAUUGGUAAAAAAAUGUGCUCUGAUUACUCGAUGGACAUAUUGUCAUACCUUCAAGAUUUCAAGAAUAGUAAGUCAGAAAGAACCUUUGAAUAUCGUGCCGAAUCUAAUUUGGUUGAUAGAUAUACUGAAUUAGCAUUAUCGUUUGAUAUCGAUUUGAGCAAAGUUUUUAAACAGUUUAUCGUUGACUCCCAUAAGCUUUUUCAUUCUUUUGAUUAUACGAAAGAUCAAGAUGAACUUAGUGGCGAAAUAUUUGAGAGAGUUAUUAUUGAUUACCAGAAUAAUGUAUCGAAUUUUAUUGUGGAUAAUGAUGUUAAGGAACUUAAUAACUCAGUGAAUGGUUGCUUAAUUUUGUAUACACAUAAUAUUGCUUCAAAACGGAUUUAUGAUAGUGUUGAAUUAACUUUCAAUGAUGCUUUAGUCCUCACAUUGAGAUCAGUAAUACCAAGCUUAAUACAUCCAUCGUUCAGAUCCAGGUCUGUGGCAGAUUUAUGUUUAUUUUGGACGUGGCUUGCAAUCCAUAAACUGUCUAAAAAUGAUAAAAAACUUGAAUUAGAAAUAUCAAAGAUCCCCAGCAUCCUAUUGUCUAUUUACUAUCAAGUUUUAUUAUUUAUAUGUACCACUUUGAUUUCCACUCCUAAUUUUAGGUAUGGUACAUUAACAUUGUUGACUAAAAUUUUGACAUUAUCACCUGAGGACAUUUCAUUCUCUUUUAUUAAAGACUCACUAAUGAAUUGUCCUUAUGAAAACGUCAAGGCUGUUUUGAUUGGGGUUUUGAAGGAAUUGUUAACUAAGACCAAAUCAACUUCUUUAAGUGAGAAUAUGAAAAACUUAAAUAUUAAUGACUCUAGCAAGCCGGCUCCAAUAUUACCUAGUCGUGAUUUAUCGGAGAAUUCUAAUAAAUUUCUUAGGUUGAAUAAAGAGAGAGCCGAUGAUAUCUUCGAAUUGAUUGACGAAGCGAUUGAAUUGACAUUUGUUCAAGAUCCUGAAAGUGGUGACGCAGUUAGGGUUGAACUUAAUCCAUCUAAGUUCUCAACUUUAUCAGCUUAUUUGAAUCUUUUGAUCGUUCUUAAAGAUGAUCCGGUUAUUAAGGCAGACGAUUCACACAUCGAAAAAAUAUUGAAAAUUAUGGAUAAGAAUAUUUCACAAAUCAAAAAAAAUAAAAAGCCUACUUCUGAAGCUGAUAAAGCGGAAUUGAAUGCUGUCGAUAUGUUGAACAUUACGCUUGAUAGGAUAAGAGCUUAA